AUGCUGGAUCAAGGCCGCCGGCUGCUCGGCGAGAGCGUGGCCGCACUGGGGGCGAUCGCCCGCAAGAGCUCCCUGGGCUCCGGCGGCGGUGGCCGCCUGGCCGCGCCCCUCGGGGCGACGUGGGGACCGGCACACUCCUGCUCGUGUCGAUCUUCGGGGCGGUGGUGCUGGCCGUGGCGGCGUGGGAGGAGAGCGUCGCGUGGCUCGCCGAGGGGCGGCGUGCGCGCCGAGGGAUCUUACAGUGGAAGCUCCGCGGCGGGCACUGCUUUCUGGCCGUGCCGCUCGGGAAGCGAUGAACUACAAGAUGGUUGUACCAUGUCCCAUUCAGCGAUUUCAGAAGCCAGGGUCAUCGGCGUCAAGGCAAGAGCCCACCGUGUGAAGACGGGGUCGAGAUCUGCGGCCGUGUCUUCUCUUCACGGCGUGGUGUCUUUUGUCAAGGCGUCGGAUGUCCCAGAGGUGGCAAGCGUUGUGUCGACCUGGCCGCACUGGGCGCUCUACCCAUCGGCAGGGGUGUUCCUGUGUGCCCUGCCGGUGAUCGCCCUCCUCGCGCUGCCUGCGGCGGGGUUGGCCUUCGUGCUCCAGGGGGAGCUGUCGCCGCUGGCGGGGGGCUUCUUCCUGGGCACCGCCCGGGGCGCCCUGCUGAGCCUCUGCUGCGAGGCCGUCGGGCUCGCCCUCCUGGCCUGGGCCGCGCGCCUCCCCGGCGGCGCGCAGGCUCGCCGUGAAGCCCUGGAGCUCUGGGACGGGGAGGCGCGGCUGCUGUCCAGGGGCAGCGCGGCGCUGCGCGAAGAUAAGCUUAAGCACGUGCGAUGGAAGCGCGCGCGCGGCUUCGAGGGCCUCGCGUCGGUCCAGGAGGCAAAGGAUGCGCGGCAGGCCAUCGAUUCGAAUGCAGGGGAGCUGCAGAAGGCCAAGGCGGCCUUUGCACGGGCUCGCUCUGCAGUGCAGAAGGUGGCGGGGCAGUUCGCUUCGACGCGGUCCAAGCUGCAGGAGCUCGACGCGGAACUCAAGCAGGCGGUGGAGGAGGCCAAGGCGGCGUCGGCGGUCACCGCGGCGUCGAACGUGGCUCAGGUGCUUGCGGCGCAUCCUGGCUGGGAGACGCAGGUCGGCGCGGCCUUGACUGCUCCGCUCGCAGCCUUGCUGCAGGCGCUGGCGUCGCACCCUGUCUGCAGCGGCAGCGAUGCGGCCCGUGGCUCACAGUCUGCGGCGGCAACGAUGCAGCCCGCGGACGCGCAGCCCGUGGCAGCGGCUGCGGCCCCUGCUGGCGGCGCGGCCGCAGGCGCGGCGGCUGUGGGCGAGGCUGGGGAUCUCACGACGGAUGCGGGCUCUGCUGCUGGUGCCGCCGUCGGCGGAUCCACGCCGCUCUCCGACGAGGAAUGGGAUUCGGUGCUGGCGGCGCUGCAGAGUGCUGACGCCCCGAUGGGCCCUGGAGGUCGCAAAGCCUUCAUCGGCGAUCUGCAGGAGGCCGCCGCCAAGAAGGUGUGGCGCCUGGUCAGUAUGACUGUCAAUGUCUUCUCUGCCUUCAGUGAUUUGUUGGCGACGCGUGACGACGCGGCGCGCACGCUGAUACUGGAAGAGGCGGAUGCGAUUAUGAUUCAGGGGCUGGAGAUGGAGGCGCUGAAGUUGUCGGCGAGCAGUGUGAAGUGCCGUGCGUCGCAGUUGGCUGAGGUUGACAUGGCGAACCGUGGCGCGGGGCUGCCCCUCGGGCCCGAGGAGGUCCUCUUCGGCUGCGCUGCGUGCGCGGCGCUGGCGCUGGCCGCGGUGCAGGCGCGGCGGUGCCUGGAGGCGGCGAUGGACGAGGGACACCCUGGGGCCACGAUCAUGUUCGGCCGCAUGUGCGAAAAAGGUCUCAACCCUCAGAGCCACCGCCUCUUCGGCGUCCUGUGGCGGGCCGCCCUUGGCGAGCUUGUGGAUGCCCCUCCCUCGGCCGUAGUGUUCUACGCGCCCCGCAGCACCUCACGCCACCUCGUUCCCUUCCUCGCCGGGGUCGGCGAAUUCUUCCACCGCCUCCUGGAGAUCACUCGGGAGCUGUUCAUCGGGAAGAUGGCGGCGGUGGUCGUGGCUUGGGUUUUGAAGAACGCCGUGUUCGCAACCAUAGUCAUUGGUAAAGCUCACUUGCUUGGGAAGGAUCCCGAGACGCUUUUCGAACCAGAAUACGGUUCACAGCAUGGCUUGGAGCUCCUAUUCUAUUCUUUCCUCACUUUCUUCUUACUGCUGCUGGUUUCAUCGUUCCUCGCAUACGUGGUAUCGCAUGGUGGCUGGUCAGGCUUUCUGGGCACAUCUAGUUUGAUUGAUGAGGAAGGAGCCCUCGGACUCGCUCGUUCAGUGACAGGUGGAUUGGUCGACGCCGCCGAAUCAGCAGCUGUUUCAGCAGAGAUGGCUAACUUCUACGCCGCUGGCCUGGUCUUCAUCCCAGCGUGGGCAUACAAGGACUUCGUCGAUAGAUCGCUGGAAUACGUGACUGUAUACUUCCAUGAAAUUGUCAUCGAGACUGUGGAGAACGCCACUGGGAGUGUAGUCAAUUCAACCGAAAAUGUCGCAGAAGAAGUCGGUUUAGACACAUUCAUCAACACAGGCGUCAACGUCAUCAGUGACGGGGUAAACACCAUCUCGAACAUGACUCGUAGAGGAGAUGCAAACAAUACCGUCAUUGGCGAGGAUGGCAAUGAGACGAACGCAAGCGCGCCAGAGCUAGUGGUAAAGACUCAGGAAGCGGUAACAGAGAUGCUCAACCCUAAUACAUGGUGGAAUGUGUUCUGUUUCCUGUGCGCAACAUGUGUGGCCGCAGUAAUCCAGGUUGUCGCCCACACGGCUGUCGACAACCUGGAAGGCGGCCGCUGGGAUUACCUGAAGCAGGUGUUCAAGUCUCUCGAGACAUGCAUGGGUCUUGGCACUGGAUCGGCGUUCUGGGCAGUCUUCGUUAACAUAUUCGAGGAUAGCCCAUUCAGCUGGCCCCUCCGAACUCUCUACACGGUCUUCAUUACUGUGGUCAUCGUGGCAACACAGAUCGUGAUGAGAAAGUGGCUGGCGAGGAAGCCCAACCUGAACACGUGCGUGGCAGGCACCGUCAAAUUCAUUGACAAAGCUUACGACUUCGUGAUGGCGUGGGCAUGGCAGGCAUGGCUGAUCGAAACUUUCAAACCUAGCAUCGACUUGGUGCUGGGCAGCCAAGAUGACGAAUGCGACGACUUGUACAAGACCCACUUCUUCUUCCGAGCUUGUAUGAUAACGUUCCUCUGCAUCGCAGUAAACGCAAUUCUGGAUGUCUUCAGGGUGACCCUCAGCGUAACUCCCGAGAUCCGGCAGACGGCUCUCAUGGUAACAGGAGUCAAUGCUGGAUGGGCCUGGAUGUUCUUCGCCAAAUCGUGGUUCGGCUGCGGCAGCACGGCCCAAUUCAACGUGUUGACUGUUUGGGGCUGGACGGUGGCUAUCAUAGUCGGCACUCUGGCCCUCGCGUUCCUGUUGGACUACGGGAACCAUAAGGUGGACAAUUACGUGCUGGAGCUCAGGAGGCAGGCGGGGACGCUCGACGAGAAGGAUACUGACUCCUACUGGAGGCAGUACGACAGCAGCGAGGGAAGCGACUCGGGCGACGAGGACGCCGACAGCGAUGAUGACUCCGAGGACCACGAAAAGCCGACGCGCUGA